AUGGGCAACGGAUUAUCCAAAUCUCACCGUCGUCGCUCCAAGGUUCUGCUUGCAGCUGUUCCGACUCAGAAUUCCCCGCCGCCGCCUUACUCGAAGGAUGUUCAGACCGCUUCUCCGACUCUGGUGUAUGUGCCUCCGCCAUGGAUUACGGAAGAUGCGCUAGAGACGUUGAGGAUCUACGACACGGUGAUCAUUGUCGAUGACUCUGGUUCCAUGCAAGGAGAGCGAUGGAAGGAGGCUGGUAGCGCGUUGGCUGAACUCGCAGAGGUUGCUGCUUAUUACGACGCGAACGGCAUCGACAUCUUCUUCAUAAACAGCAAGACCCGCGGUGAGGGCCUCAAGGACCCCAACCAGGUCCGGAAGAUCUUCGACCGGGUUGUGCCGACGUCUAAUACCCUGCUCGGGAUGGUUAUGCAUAGACACCUGAAAAAUUAUGUCAACAAAAUCGAGUCAGAUCUGCAGACAAGAAGAUGUGCGCUCGAUGAUAGUGGAGUCAAGCCGGUAAACUACAUCAUCAUCACCGAUGGGAUGCCAAGUGAUCCGGAGGAACUCGAAAACGCGAUUGUCAAAUGCGCCCAGUGGUUGGACAAACACGAGCAGCCGCUCAAUCAGCUCGGCAUACAAUUCGUGCAGGUAGGUAACAGCGGGUCUGCGGCAGAAUACCUAGAACACCUGGACACUGCCCUCAAAACUGAGUACAACAUACGCGAUAUGGUUGACACUGAGCCCUACAGAGAUGGUAGCAAGGAUAGCAAGCUGGGUGCUGAGCGGUUAAUCAAGAUUUUGCUUGGUGGUAUUAACCGACGUGUGGACGUGAAAGGCGGGGCGGCUCUGUCAGAGCAAGAUAAUUGA